AUGGCAGGGGAAGCGAAAACGUUGGAGGAAGCUGAGAAGUUGAAGCUGAGUAAAGGAGAGGUAGUGGACGACGGACCUGAAGAUGGAGAAAUCAUGGGGAAAUCCGUAGAUACGGCGUCGUAUUUGGGAAAAGAAAUCAAAGCUAAGCACCCAUUAGAACAUUCUUGGACUUUUUGGUUUGAUAAUCCUUUGGCUAAAUCUAGACAAGCUAUUUGGGGCAGCUCCCUUCGCGAUGUUAGCAUUGGGAAGCAGUGGAAGGAGUUUCUAGAUUACAGCGACUGGAUUGGUUUCAUAUUUCAUGACGACGCAAAGAGGCUCGAUAGAGGUGCCAAGAGUCGUUAUAUAGUAGAGUUUUCUUGCUACAAAUGGGGGAAUGCAAGAAACAGAAUCUGUACUG